GAUGAGGGAGUGGGGCACCUGGAUGCAGGAGAAGAUACAGGCCUGCCCCUCAUCUCUGAGCACCCGGCGCAGGAGGAGUGAUGAUGGUAGUGAUGAGGACCAGAGUGUGGAGGACCUCCGCUCGUCGCUUCUCUCGCCCGCUAAGAAAGAAAUUCUGCAGGCGAGAAAGGCGCGUAAAAUGCAACUCGUCGGGUGUGUUGUGAACGCCAUGAAUAUCACGCUGCUGCCAGACGGGACGGUGGACACAGAGCCCAUGGUGUCGUACCUCUCCUUGUAUAACCUCGACGCUGAACUGCUCGCUGAUUUCACAAGUAGAAUCCAGAAAUGCGGCAGCAAGAAGAUUCCGGACGCAUGUCGUCGUUCCUCGUCGGCGCCCGUUGACGCUGCAAUGGCAACGAAGAUGUCGUUCAUCAAGUGUAAACUGAAGGCAAGACUCGACGCUUGUGUCGUCAAUGACGUGAAGAAAAAUGUGGAUAAAUACAAGCUUAAUGCUUUCGAGGAAAUGAUGAACCUGUAUCAUAGUCGUCAUGAUGAUAGCGAUGAUCAUCUCGACCUGUACAGUGAUGAAGAUGAUGGUUAAUCAACUGGAGAUUCUCGACCUGGAUUGAAAUGAUUACAGUAAUGAGGAUGAUGAAAUAUAGACUGGAUAUACUUGGAACUGAUUGAAACGAUUUAAAAUACCUACCUGAAAUAACCUACACAUUUUUUCAGUAGUCGUCUGGCCUGAUUACAAACUGCCAAGAUAACCUACGAAGAACGGCCUUUUAAUAUUUCCUUCUUUUUAAAUAGACAAUGUCGGAUAGUUGCUUAGAAAUUGGUGUACUUUGAAAAUUGUGAAUGAAUAGGUUUUAAAUCCACUUAAUUAGAAUAAAAUAACAGCGAAAAUAUGUGCAGAUGAUUCAAAUAAAUGGACAAAGCCAUUAAAAAUGAUAAUCAAUAGUUAAGUAAGUUAAGUUUAAGUUAGUAAGUUUGAUAGUUUGACCGUAUCCCUAAUUUCAGCAACAAGUUCAUUGAAUGUAUUCUAACACUUCUAAAGUAUAAGGAUCCUAAACCGUUUCACAUGUGAGAUAAAAUUUUCCUUUUUGGAUAAUGGAACUAAACUUUGACAAGCUAAGACAAAAAGUAAAAAAUAAUGCUUGAACAUCAGAGUUUUAUGUACUACACGCAGAAAAUUUAUUAAAAUAUUCAUUAAAUUUAGUACAUAAAACAUCUGAGUUUUAUGUACUACACGCAGAAAAUUUAUUAAAAUAUUCAUUAAAUUUAGUACAUAAAACAUCUGAGUUUUAUGUACUACACGCAGAAAAUUUAUUAAAAUCGUGCUAUGUAGUAUUGACAUUUCGUUGAUUUUAUAGCACUAUUUUUUCUAUUGUGAUGUUUUUACCAUACAUGAAAAGUUAUUUUUCUAUAAACAAUAUGGGGCGGCGCGCACUUAUUAAGUGUUAGGUGCAACAAAAAAUCAUUAAAAAAUGUGCUCUCU